AUGGCCAACUACGUGGAAGACAUGCCCCUAGACCAAGUUCUCGCCAAAGCGCGUGUGCCACCACGUCAGCGAUAUCAGAGUUACGGGCCCGGUGUCGGAGACAUCCCAAUGGAGGUUUGCCUCCACGUUACAGCAUGCCUUGGCCGAUCCCUAGACCAUCUUGUGAAGGUCGAGGGCACCACUUUCCAUCGCAUGAUGCAGGCCGAUUGCCAAAUUGCCCAGCCCGUCCUGGCGGGGGAUAAAAAUGCCAAUCCAGCAGCCCGAGACUUGCUGGCGGACUUUGCCAGCACAACAAAGUAUCCUUGUCUCUUUGAGGUUGAAGCAAGAUACGACCUUUCCAUGGAGGACGACGAUCCUAAUCGGGUUGCCAAAUAUAUCUCUUGGGGCGGCUACAAUGCCAACUUCGCGGGAAGUACACUGAUCCCAAUGCUAUACUAUGCCGUUACGCACCAGAAGGUCAAGUGCGUCAAGUUCCUUUUGGAGCAGGGUGCGGACCCGAACCUCAAGUGCGCUUGGCGUGAUGGCUUUGCCCUUGACUAUGUGCUUCCCCUCGGUGUGACGGACGACAACGAGGCCCAAGUUGCCAUUAUCGAAGCGCUGGUGGAGUGGGGCGGGAAUAUGGCAUACAUGAAUACCUUCCGAACCAUUUGUGCCCUGGAGCGAGAAGAUCUGGUGUUUAAUGUUUUGGCCAAUGGAACGGAUAUACACAAUCUUAAGGACUCGGCCGGUGGCACUGUACUUCACAUGUACGCUUCGCUUCCCGUCUUCAGCUUGACCACUUGUACUCAUAUUCUUGAUCAAGCGGUCGUGGACUUUGUCAAUAGGGUCGAUAAUAACGGCCAGACGGCCCUAUUCCGUGCUUUGGACGGGGACAGUGUAUCCCACACAAAACGGCAGUGGCUUCUUCAUGUUGGAGCCGAUCCUAUGAUUGAGGAUCACUUCGGACGGACAGCCGUGGACGUGGCGAUCGCGGAAGGUAAAACUUCGGCUGUUACCGAUCUUCUUCACAGUCCCAAGACAAAUAUCCGGCUCCUAAACAACCGUGUGAAGCAUCACGACCCUUUGGUUGCUGCGAUUAUGCAAGAAAAUCCAGAAGUCAUCACGGCUGUGCUGUGGCAUGAGAAGCUGGAAGUGACUGAGCGCAUCCGGGAACGGGCCUUGGAAUUGAUGAGAGUUCUCGGCCUUCCGGUGGAACGUUAUGCUGAAGCGAUCAGGGAUGCCAAGGUAUAUCUCCCAUGA